AUGGCGGCGUCCACCACCGGCGAAGUUCAUCCUCUGCUGGCUCCCUACUGGCCUGGGCUGUGCAGCUGGGACGGACAGGGGUCAGCACGGGCGGUCCGAUCCCUCCGGCUGGCGAUCGAGGAGCAAGGGGGCGAGAGACCGGGUUCUGCCUUCACGAUGCUGCUAAGCGAGAGCAAGACGGCCGGCGGAGCGGAGCGGCGGCGGCGCUUCGCGAUCGAACUCAAGAAGAUCUUGGAGAGCGGGGGCGACGCAGCCGUGCCACCCAAGGGGGGUAGGACCAGCUUGCUAGAGGUGGCCGCGGGUGCGGUGGGGGGUUUGUCGAGGGCCUGCAGCGGAGAGAUGCAGGUGUUGGAGCGAGAGUUCGCGAAGCCGGCUAUGGAGCUGAUCAAGGUGACCGGCCCCAAGGGCGAGAACCAGAGGUACGCCGGCGCCCUGGUGCUGCGGGAGCUGGCGGAGAACGCUCCGGCCGUCGUGUACGACAGGCGGGGGGCCUUCUUCGAGACCAUCUGGCUGGUGGUGAACGACCUCACGUCUGCGGUGGUGCGUGUCCGAGCGGCCGCCGCCCUCGGGGCUAUGCUUCAGCUGGUGCACGAAAGGCAGAGCACACCCAAGCACUCCCGACUCGUGCUAGACAAGAUCGAGGAAGGCUUCGAGCAAGGCACGGCCGAACGAGUUCACGGCAGCCUCCUCGUCAUCCGGCAGCUCCUGCGACACCCGGGGCCCUGGAUGGCGCACCGCCACCAGCGCCGCCGUCGACGCCGCCGGGGGAGCACGGAAGACAACAACCCGGGACCCUACUACGGCGGUGGCGGCAGCGGCGGCGCGACUUCGGGCACGGCCACUCCAUUCGGAGGGGGCGCGGCGACGCCCUUCGGAGGAGGAGGAGGGGGAGGAGGAGGAGCGGCCACCCCUUUCGCGAGCAACAACAGCAGCGGUGUGCGGCUGGCGCCGCAGAUGCUCCCUCCCCCCGCGCGGGGCACCGGCGGCGGCGGCGGCAGCGGCGGCGAUCUAUCGAAGAUGUUCGCCGGUGCCGCCACCCCCGUGGGCGCGCCAAGCACGGCCGGCAGCGGCGGCGGCGGCGGCGGUAACGCUGCCGGUGGUGGGCCAUCCACGGCACAGUCUCAGAAAGGCCGCGGCGCUUUCUUCCCCGAAGGCGGCGGUAGCGUAGCGGCGACAGCGGCAACGAGGGGCGUGGUGCCCCCGCCCCCGUCCCCCCACCACCACAACUACCAGGCGCCGGGAACACCGGUGCUGGGGAUGCUGGGCGGGGGCGCGGCGGGGGCAGGGGCGGCGGCGGCGGCGGCGGCAGCGGCGGCGAUGGCGGAGGCCGGACAGGAGGCGGAGUAUCGGGUUCUCUGCGAGAGGGUGCUGGCCCGCAGGGACCACAAGGAAGUCGCCGUGAGGAGGACGGUCAUGGCGCUGCUGCCGGAGCUGGUGGCGUUCUUUCCGGGGGGGGCGGGGGAGUUCGUGGAACCGGCCGUGUGGUUCCUCAUCCACACGCUCCGGCAGGGCCAGCGAAGCGAUCGGGGCUUGGCCUACCUGUCGCUGGCGAGGCUCGGGCUGGCCGCGGGCACCGGGGUGUGGCGCGGAGCCCCGACGCUGUGGCACAGCGUUCGGGAGGUGGUGAAGGAAGGGUUGGCGGAGGAUCGGCGGGACUUCUGCCCUCAGUCUCUGGCCUGUCUCGAGGUAUUGCUCAAAGGAUCCCGAUAG